AUGGCGCCGCCGGGGUUCGCCCUCGGCAGCGUCUCCCUCCGCGUCUCCCUUGCGUUUUUAAUUGUGUUGUCGGAGGUUUUUGGCCUGGCGGGCUUUUUCCCGCGCGGUCGCCCGUUCGUGGCCCGGUUCUCCUCGCCGCAGGCGACGACCCCCUCGCAGAAGGAGGAAACGACCCCCUCGCCGCAGCUGGAGACCCCAUCGCUGCAGGCGGAGAAGACCCCCAGGCCGCAGGCGGAGACCCCCUCGCCGCAGGAGGAGAUGAUCCCCUCGCCGCAGGAGAUGAUCCCCUCGCCGCAGGAGGAGAUCCCCUCACCGCAGGAGAUGAUCCCCUCGCCGCAGGAGGAGAUGAUCCCAUCGCCGCAGGAGGAGACGACCCCCUGGCCGCAGAUCGUCCCGCUCUCCAGCGACAAGCCCUUCUUCACCAUUGUCUUGUCUAAGGGCCAUGUAGAGAAGCCUGCCCAGCUGGUUUGUAUAGAGGAGAUCCCAAGUCGUCUCCACUCCCACCUGCCGGGCUCACGCGCCCCAGCAGUGCUCCUGUUCGGCAACCAGUCAUGGGAGUGA